GGGCACAGGAUAAGCACGUGGGGGCGGCCUUUCUCAUUUCACGCUGGCACAUUCAUAGCAGCAAAUAUGCCUUGAACCCAUUUUCUAUUUUAUUCUUCCAGAGAAAGGAAAAGAGAGAAUUUUUCAUAGUUUUUCCAUACUGAUACUGUGUUGUCAAGUUGUAGACCAUUUUCUUUAUAUGUAUUUAUUACAUUGUGCACAAUAUCUGUAGCACUUUUACUAUGCUCUGUAAUUUGAUUUGACUUGGUGUUGGUGUAAAUCUUGAUGGGAUUGAAGUUGGUUUUUGCAUGUCCAAAUCAUAUUGGGUAUAAGAAUUUUUGACUGAAAAGACACAGGCUUUGGAGUGUUAUUUGAUCCUGAGGUUGUCAAUUUUGUGCCUUAAAAUCUUCAUUCGUAAACACCCACAACAGAAAAACAAGAGAAAAAAAACUCUUCUUGGCGAUUGGAAUUCCUUCUCUGAUCUCUUGUCCAAAGAAAACAUCAAUUCUCUCUUCCUUUUAUUUUUGUUUCUAGAACUCUUCAUGGGGUUGAGGUCUCCAUACAGGAUAUGAUGUCUCUGAAGAGCAACUUUUAAUUGUUGUUGACGGAGGAGCAUACAAAGAACAGGUUCUGGGUGGUCUCUGAAUCAGAUAUGUUGAAGUGGUGGAUGCGAUGAAAAGUACUAAUUGAGAAGUAAAUCAGAAGGAGUAGCCAUGAAGUUUAUGAAACUGGGUUCUCGGCCAGAUACUUUCUACACUUGUGAGGCUGUAAGGUCUGUUUCCUCUGAAGUUUCUAGUGACCUCAUAAUUCAAGUGAAAGGAAGUAGAUAUUUGCUUCACAAGUUCCCUCUGUUGUCAAAGUGUUUGCGUCUGCAGAAGCUAUGCUCUGAAUCACCUGAAUCUUCAAGCCACCAAUUAGUCCAACUCCCUGAUUUACCUGGUGGAGUUGAGGCAUUUGAACUGUGCGCGAAGUUCUGUUAUGGUAUCACAAUCACUCUCAGUGCCUAUAACAUUGUACCGGCACGACAUGCCGCCGAGUACUUGCAGAUGACUGAGGAUGUUGAGAAGGGGAACUUGAUAUACAAAAUUGAAGUCUUCUUCAACUCCUGCAUCCUUCAAGGAUGGAAGGAUUCUAUUGUCACCCUACAAAGUACAAGGGCCUUUCCAUUGUCAUCUGAGGACCUUGGAAUCACUAGCAGAUGUCUUGAAUCAAUUGCCUCAAAAGUCUUUACCCACCCAUCAAAGGUGAGUUUGUCACAGAGUCAUUCCAGAAGGGUUAGGGAUGAUGUUUCGUGUAACGGAGGUGAGAGCCAGAGACAUAACCAAGCAAUCAGGGGUUGGUGGGCUGAAGAUAUUGCAGAAUUGGGGAUAGAACUUUAUUGGAGAACCAUGAUAGCUAUUAAAUCUAGUGGAAGAGUACCCUCCAAUCUUAUCGGUGACGCUUUGAAAAUCUAUGCAGCUAGAUGGCUACCCAAUAUAUCACCCAGAGAUGGGAAUGUUUAUAAGAAAGAAGGAUGUGAUUCUGAUUCAGAUUCUACAAUCGAAAUGAAUUCAAAGCAUAGGCUGCUAUUGGAAUCAAUGGUAAGUUUGUUACCGGGUGACAAAGGCGCUGUUUCUUGCAGUUUCCUUCUUAAACUCUUAAAGGCAUCCAAUAUUCUUAACGCUUCUUCUUCAUCAAAGAUGGAAUUAGCAAGAAGGGUUGGAGUUCAAUUAGAGGAAGCAAGAGUCAGUGAUCUGUUAAUACCUUCACUGUCAUACAAAAGUGACACUUUAUAUGAUGUAGAUAUAGUUCUGACAAUAUUGGAGGAGUUCAUGUUACAAGGGCAAAGUCCACCGACAACCCCUCCAAGAUCCAAGCUUGGGUUUGAGAGGAGAAGAUCAAGGUCUGCGGAGAACAUUGAUUUUGAGCUUCAAGGGAGUAGAAGGUCUUCCUCAGCAUCACAUAGCUCAAAAUUGAAAGUGGCAAAGCUUGUGGAUGGAUAUCUUCAGGAGAUUGCGAGGGACGUAAAUUUGCCUCUAUCGAAGUUUACUGCAGUUGCGGAAUCCAUCCAUGAAUUCUCAAGGCUUGACCAUGAUGAUCUCUACAGAGCUAUUGACAUCUAUCUUAAGGCGCAUCCAGAUUUAAACAAGAGUGAAAGAAAAAGGUUGUGUAGAAUCUUGGACUGCAAAAAACUGUCCAUGGAUGCCUGCAUGCAUGCUGCACAAAAUGAGCUACUUCCACUGAGGGUAGUAGUACAAGUUCUCUUCUUUGAGCAAGCUAGAGCCACCAAGAAUGGUGCCAAAGUGACUGAACUUCCAUGCAACAUCAAGGCACUUCUGACUGCCAACGGUAUUCACCCUUCAAAGCCUACAUCACCAUUAAGUACUACUAAUUCCAUUCGAGCGGACGAUCAGUGGAGUGUCUCGGGCCUUAAAUCACCAAAGUCAAGAACAUCAACUUUAAGGAUGAAGCUGGCCGAAGACGAUGAUUUGGACAUAAAUGACAUGAACCCGAAUGGAAUUGGAAGAUCUUCCAAGUUUAAGGCUUUCUGUGCUAUUCCAACGCAACCCAAAAGAAUGUUCAGUAAGUUAAUGUCUAUGAAUAGAAAUCCUAGUGAGAAAAAAUGAGUGAGUUUUGUUAAUUACUUGAAUAUUAAUGCUUUGAACUCUGUAGCUGAAAUGCCCAAUGUGCAUUAUUGAUGUAGUCUAAUAUAAUAAGAAUCAACAGUUUCAGGACAGGACAUGUCAUUUGUGGGAAAAUAGAAUAUGAAAUCUGAGUUGGAGAUGAACAAUUGUGAGCCAAUAUUACUGUUUUUGUUUUUUUA